AUGGCUCCAUCUUUCACCACUGUUAAACUUUUCUCUUCUUUCGUCAUGAAAGAAAUUUCAAACUGUCGCACCAUUAGACGUGGUUACGCUGCUGCAUCAAAAGUUGCAGGUUCCAUUAGUAACAGCAAAAUGGAACCAAAGUCAGAGGAAGAGAAAGUGUUGAAUGAGAAGAACGAUUGGUGGUUCCCAGAUCCUCUUACUGGCUUCUACAAACCUCUUCACAUCAAUGAGGUUGAUCCUGCUGAAUUGCGUGCUAAGCUUUUGCCCAAAAAGUUCAACAAACCAUCUUCGUAA